GCGGCGCGUCACCGAGCGAGACCAUGAUGGCGGCUCAUCAUGCACCAGAAGUGAUAGCACAGCUGGAAAGCGCAGCCAAAGUUUUAAUGGCACCCCCAUCCAUGGUCAGUCAUGAGCAGCGUCAACAUGCAGAACACAUAUUCCUGUCAUUUAGAAAAUCAAAAUCACCAUUUGCAAUAUGUAAACACAUACUAGAAACCAGUAAAGUUGAUUACGUUCUAUUUCAAGCUGCCACGACCAUAAUGGAAGCUGUUGUGCGAGAAUGGGUGCUAUUGGAAAAAAACAGCAUUGAAUCACUACGGACAUUCCUAUUAACUUAUGUCUUGCAAAGGCCUAACCUUCAGAAAUAUGUUCGAGAACAGAUACUAUUAGCAGUAGCAGUAAUUGUCAAGCGAGGCUCAUUAGACAAAACCAUUGUCUGCAACAGCAUAUUCCAUGAAGUUGGUCACUUAAUAAGCAGUGGCAACCCAGUAGUGCAGACAUUGGCGUGUUCAAUCCUAACAGCAUUAUUGACUGAAUUCUCAAGUUCCACUAAAACCAGCAAUAUUGGCCUCAGUAUGGAAUUCCAUGGGAGCUGCAAAAGAAAUUUUCAGGAAGAUGACCUUCGGCAGAUAUUUGUUUUGACGGUCGAGGUGCUUCAGGAAUUCAGCCGACGGGAAAACCUCAGUGCUCAAAUGUCUUCUGUGUUCCAGCGUUACCUUGCACUAGCUAACCAAGUCUUGAGCUGGAACUUUCUUCCUCCAAAUUUGGGCAGGCAUUAUAUAGCUAUGUUUGAAUCGUCCCAAAAUGUGAUGUUAAAGCCAACAGAAUCCUGGCGAGACACUCUUCUGGAUAGCAGAGUUAUGGAUCUAUUCUUUACAGUACAUCGCAAAAUCAGAGAAGAUUCUGACAUGGCCCAGGACUCUUUGCAAUGUCUGGCACAACUAGCCUCGAUCCAUGGACCUAUAUUUCCUGAUGAGAGGGCUCAGAUUGAUUACCUAGCUCAUUUCAUUGAAGGAUUACUCAAUAUGAUUAAUGGGAUAGAAAUUGAGGACUCUGAAGCAGUGGGAAUUUCCAAUAUUAUGAGCAACUUGAUUUCAGAAUUCCCACGUAGUAUUUUAACAGCCAUUCCAAGCGAACUGUUUUCUUCAUUCAUAAAUUGCCUCACACAUAUCACCUGCUCUUUUGGACGGAGUGCAGCCCUAGAAGAAGUGCUGGACAAAGAUGACAUGGUGUAUAUGGAGGCGUAUGAUAAGCUCCUUGAAUCGUGGCUAACACUUGUGCAAGAUAACAAACAUUUCCAUAAAGAUUUUUUUACUCAACAUGCUGUACAAGUUUUUAAUUCAUACAUUCAAUGCCAUUUGGCAGCACCAGAGGGCACAAGAAACUUGACUACCAAUGGUGUAGCAACACGUGAUGAAGAAGAAAUCAGUGAGGUACAGGAAGAUGAUCGCGAGUUGUUUUCUGACCAGCUAGCUGGUAUAGGCAUGCUAGGAAGAAUAGCGGCAGAAAACUGUAUUCCUCUACUUAUCAGCUUGUUGGAAGAUAGAGUUACAAGACUUCACGGUCAGUUACAAAGGCAACAGCAGCGAUUCCUUUCAUCGCCUGGGCCAGCAUCAUUGGCUAAUACAUUUCUAGAUGAUUUAUAUGAGGAUAUUCAUUGGCUAAUAUUAGUCACAGGCUACCUCUUGGCUGAUGAUACUCAGGGAGAGACUCCUCUUAUACCUCCAGAGGUAAUGGAAUAUUCUAUUAAGCAUGCAACCGAGGUUGACAUUAACACAACACUUCAGAUCCUGGGCUCUCCAGGGGAGAAGGCCUCCUCAAUACCAGGAUGCAACCAAACAGAUUCUGUGAUCAGGUUGUUAGCUGCUGUUCUCCGAGCUUCAGAAGUUGAAUCUCGAGCCACAAGAGCAAACUUGAUAGAACUGCUCAGCCCACAAAUGGGAAAAGACAUUAUGUGGUUCCUGAGACGGUGGACAAAGACUUACCUUCUCGCAGAUGAAAAACUUUAUGACCAGAUAAGUUUACCUUUAAGCACAGCAUUUGGUGUGGACACUGAAGGUGCUCAGUGGAUUGUUGGCUACCUUUUAGAAAAAGUUAUAAGUAAUCUUACGGUAUGGAUUGCAGAACAGGAUCUGGCAAAUGACACUGUUCAACUUCUUGUAACACUGGUGGAGAGGAGAGAACGGGCCAAUUUAGUAAUAAAAUGUGAAAACUGGUGGAAUUUGGCCAAACAAUAUGCAAGUCGAAGUCCACCGUUGAACUGCCUUCCGAGCUCCGUGCAGCGAACAUUGAUGAAAGCCCUUGUUUUGGCUGGAUUUGCUCAUGUGGACUCAGAAACAAAACAAAAGUAUUGGACGGAGGUUCUCCAACCACUCCAACAGCGGUUUCUCAAUGUUAUAAACCAAGAAAACUUCCAACAAAUCUGUCAGGAAGAAGAGGUGAAGCAGGAGAUCAUUGCCACACUUGAGGCACUUUGUGGAAUAGCAGAGGCAACGCAGAUAGACAAUGUUGUCAUUCUCUUCACCUUUUUAAUGGAUUUCCUCAAUAAUUGCAUUGGUUUAAUGGAGAUUUAUAAGAACACACCUGAAACUAUUAACUUGAUCAUAGAAGUUUUUGUUGAAGUUGCACACAAACAAAUCUGCUACCUUGGAGAGUCAAAAGCCAUGACGCUGUAUGAAGCGUGCCUGACACUACUACAGGUUUAUUCGAAGAACAGCUUGGGCAGGAAACGGUCCGAUGUGGCAGCAGAAGAGGAACAGUAUCAAGAUUUGUUGCUUAUUAUGGAACUUCUGACUAACCUCUUAUCAAAGGAGUUUAUAGACUUCAGUGAUACAGAUGAAGUUUUUCGGGGACAGGAACCUGGACAGUCGGGAAACAGAUCAGUGUCUGCUGCAGAUGUUGUUCUUUAUGGAGUUAAUAUUGUACUGCCACUAAUGUCACAAGACUUGUUAAAGUUUCCAUCAUUGUGUAACCAAUAUUACAAAUUAAUCACCUUCAUCUGUGAAAUAUUUCCUGAGAAAAUCCCGCAACUUCCAGAAGAGCUUUUUAAGAGUUUGAUGUACUCCCUGGAAUUGGGAAUGACAUCAAUGACAUCUGAAGUUUCCCAACUCUGUUUAGAAGCCCUUACGCCCCUGGCUGAACAGUGUGCUAAGGCACAAGAAACAGAAUCGCCACUCUUCACUGCAACCAGACAUUUUCUUAAGCUCGUCUUUGACAUGCUGGUCUUGCAGAAGCACAACGCAGAACUUACUGAUGCUGCAGGAGAAGCUUUCUACACACUAGUAUGUCUGCAUCAGGCUGAGUAUUUGGAAUUAGUUGAAACUCUUCUAUCAAGCCAGCAGGAUCCAGUUAUAUAUCAAAGAUUAGCAGAUGCCUUCAAUAAUCUUACUGGAAGCAGCACUCCCCCAACCUUGGACCGAAAGCAGAGGAUGGCCUUCCUAAAAAGCCUUAAAGACUUCAUGGCAAAUGUUGGUGGUCUUCUGUGUGUUAAAUAAACUCAGGCUGCCAAAGCCCACGGUGACCAAUGCACUGUAAAGCAUGGAGAUCGCAGCUGACUGAAUUUGACAUCUGUAUCAAUGCUGUUGCCUGCCAUCUUGGAUUUGAGACUCUCAGGAUAUCUAGUCUACCACAGUAAGACCGAAGGAUGAAUCCACUACUAUUCAGUUGCCAGUGUUUCUUAGCCAUGAUUUGCCAUAUAAUCUAAUUGUUUACUUAAAACAGAAUUAAAUAGUGUAUUUUGGAGAAUUCCGAUGUGUGGAUGAAUGGCACAGUGAAUGAAUCCAGUGCCUUUUUUAUGUCAGGUUUAAACCAGUUGCCCAAAUGGACAGCGAAAACUGUCUUAUUGCUUAUAUUUGAACCCUUGCUUCGGGGGAAUCACUGUCGACAAAUACACAGCUGUAAAUGAUAUAGCUGAAAUUAGCUUUAUUUUUUUUUCCAACAUAUGGAUUUAUUUGUGACCGAAAGAAAACACCAAAUUGUAGCAUUUUAAUCUGAUUUUCUUUUGCAUAUCAGGCAGUAAUCAUAUUGUACACAUUUCAGAUUCAAUUUGUACUGCCUGCUGUUCAGAAUAAAGUAUAUAUUUUUGCCUCCCAGACGUGAAUUUUAGGAAUUGUAACAAGUUGCCUUAUUUUCUGUAAAUAUAAAAGUUUGGUGUUGUGAAAAGACUGAAACUGGAUUGCCAAAAUGGCAGCUUUGUGUGGUUUUCCUUGUAACAUACUUUUCUUUGAAAAUGAAACGUUUUUACUGUUUGUUGUCAGAAGUAGUGUUAAAAACAUUUACUUAUGAAUAGAAGUUGUCAUUUUGGAUACAAAAAAAUUAAGUCAUCUAAGUUCUGCAUUUAAGGUUUAAAGGGAUCUACCUUUAAACAAAACAACUUUACACCUGAACUGCCACGCUGCAAGGUUCAUGUGUUUAUUUGAGCAAUAACUAGGGUGUGAAUGAUUUAAUAAUGUUCAUCAUGAUAAUCUAGAGCUUUUUUUUUUAAAGAACUCUAGUUAUACUGUUGAGUAGUCAAAAAUCAAACUUCUGACACUUAGAAAAAUGUAAAUAAGGUGUUGGGCAUUUUGUUUGUGCGAAAUUUGCCUUGAUGUUAUUCAACAAAUCACAAUGUAUGUACAUAAGUAAAUAGAAAAUUGUAAUACUGCACAGUACACUUGGGGGUUCCAAAAUGAGAAAUGAAUCAGGAUAAAUCGGUUGGGUUUGAACAUGCAAAUUAAUUUUAAACGCACAAAUUAAGUGGGGAAAGGCUUGUGGUGCUCAUACCAUUAAAAAGCUGGAACAGAAGAAAAUACACAAAGGAUCGAUCAUCUGAAGGACAAAAAGAUAGUUUAGCGUUUUGGAUAUGAUCAUUGUAAUAAUAGCCUCCAUCCAAAAUAUUUACUUGUCUUUUGCAGUUAACUAACUCGUUAUAUUUUCACAUUUCCAAUAUUAUUGUCCUUUUUGUUAUCCCUAUAGGAAAACCUUUUUUUGAUAAACUAUGUACAGAUUGUGUGUCAAAACUACUGAAAAAUAAUAUUACUACAUUUAGUCUCUUGAGGCCAGCAUACCAACAAAGUGUAGGUUUGUAUGCGUCUCAUAAUAUACUCAAUUUAAAAUAAAAUUGAAGUAGCUUAAGGGAAUUAAAGUUGUUACAUUUUGAUUCUCAAUUUUUCUAGAAGAUGAAAAAAAUGAGGCAAAAUUACAAUAUGUUCGAGACUUUGUGCAGAUCACUUUUCUGUAGAUCACUAAUGCUUUCCUUUUGAAUAUUUGCCCAAACUUCGGGUAUCAUCAAAAUACCCUGUUUAUCAAGUUUUAUUUUCUUGCAAUAUAAAGCAUAAUAUGCCUCUGUUGCCACCUAUCUUCCCAGCUCAAAGUGAACAAGUAAUUUAUUCCAUUUACUAUGAAAACCUGGUCCUCGCACAAAAAAUAUUUUUAGCUACUUUGUUUAUUUUGGAUUAAGUUUGUAUCCAAUUCUAAAAGCUGGCAAGUGAGAAGCUUUUGUGCAAAUCAGAAAUACAUUUCUGAUUACAACAUAACCAUAUUUUAGAUCUAUUCAAUGAAAGGUGAAUAAUCAAAAUGUCACCAAAGUGCUUGAUAUUAUCGUUACUGGAACUCUAGGUAAUUGUAAUUUAUCUCAGACUUAUUUUGCCACGGUCCCAUUGAAAUGCAGUAAAUCUUAACUGCAAUAAUUGAUUUUUAUUUAAUGGGUGGAAUGGAAAUAAUUUUUGAAAAAGUUGCAGAUACACCUUUGAAGAGGUGAAGUCUCCAUUAAUUUAAGCACAAUGUCCCAUGCAAAAACUGAGCACUGGCCUGGCCAAGGUUUUAAUCCACUCUUCCAUUCCUUUCAACCUCCUGUAUUGCUUCCAAAGACAUAAUAUAAUGUAGUUUACCUGCCAACAAUUAUUUUUUUAAUUGAAUUGCAAAAUGAAAGAUGAUCAUAUUGAAAUAAUAGAUCUUGAUCAACACACGCUUUGCAGCAAAUACUAAUUCCUUGUCAACUUUGCAUGUUUUAAAAACUGGUGGCAAAGCAAUCUGGCAGAAUAUGUCAAACUUGGAUUUCUGAAUCACCUGAAUAAUACAAAUAUAUUCUAAAGACCAUGAUUUCUUCCCCCUGCUGUGAUCGGGUCUAUUGUGUCAACUCAGAUACAGGAAAAUUGGGUGUUAGAGUAAGGGAUGCGCUGUACAGAUUUUAUUCAGUAUACUUAAUGGGGCACUAUGAAAGUUCAAAGGAUGAUAAGAUUUGUCUUAAGAAUUUUAUGCCCCCAAAUAUUGCAUUUGAUAUUCCAUUUUAUCAUGUUACGUGAAGUUUCUAUAAUAUGGUUAAACUGCUGGAACUAUUGUUGUCUGUAAAUCAUAAACAUUAAGUAAUUUAAAGCCAACUUGCGCUAUAAAGAAAACUUUAAAGAAAAAAGAGGUACAGAAUGACUGCUUCACUAUUGGUCUCAUAUUUGUAAUAUUUUUGAAUGGUGUCACAUUUUAGUUUCAAUUCUAUGGUUUCAGCCCUUGUUUUGACCAGGGAUACCCAGGACUGUUGAACAAAGUAUUUAACUAUGCUGUGAAAUAAUGCAGGUCAAGAAAAAUAAAAUACUGUCAAUUGCUGCCAUGUGACAACUACUGUGACCUCUUUAAUUCAUCUGGAAUCUGUUCUGAAUAAAUCCUAGCUUUUCUCGAUGUGUAACUAGUUUGCGGGCAGUUAUGCACAAAUUAAUAGCUAUGAUGCAUUUCAGUGAUUAGUAUUUUGUAUGUUUUGUACCUUUUUUGUGUGAUUUAUUUUGACAUGUUAUCACAUCCCUGAUGGUGUGCAAGUACAAGCACCAUUUUAUGUACAUUAUAGGAAUUUUGACCAUUGGAUCUUUUUUAAUUGUGCGUAGAAGGAAUUGUAAAGGUUUAAGGAUAUGUUUUGGGGACAUCUGUCUAACCUAAAAUGUAUCGUAUAAGUCUUCUUAUAAGAUUUAAUAUUUUGCUGCAGUUGAGUUCAGUAUAAAUUCUGACUAUUGCAUAGUCUACCCUUCUUGCAUAGUACAAGAUACAUUUUUAAAAAGAAAAAUACACGUGGAAUGUUUCUCUGUAUAUAUGCGGUGACGACCAAAUAAACUUUGGCUGCUCUUUAAAUCAA